AUGGCACCGAUUCUUGUUGCCACUGCCCCUGCUCAGCAGCAGCAGCAACAGGCAGAAGGUGGGCCGAGACGCUUCGAACGGACCUGGGACCCAAAGUGUCCAAUAGAAGAUAUCAUGAACACCGACAUGUCGCCGGUGUUGCCCAAGCGGGAAUUUAAUCCGGUCAUAGUUCCGGUCACGUCCCCGGCCCCGGUUGGGGGCUCACUAUUACAGACACCUCCGAGUCCUGAGUUGUCGACGCCUGAGACCUCGAAAAUCCCUGGGCCGUCGACGAUGCCUGAGCCCUCGGUGACGCAUCCGCCCCCAGCAAUGCCCAGACUGAAUGCCAGGGGACGAAAGCUACUCCCGGAUGGCCCAAUCAAGAGGCGUACGCAGGAUUUGAGCACGCCUCAAAGCAGUGCACAAUCCUCGAUCUCGGCGCCGAAACAACUUGCGGCUUUAGUCUUGGCUCCAGCUGCAGCUGCGGCUCCAGCUCUAGCCUCAGCUGCGACUCCCGCUCCUGCGUCUGCCCAAGUUACCGCACAACCAGCGGUCGUGGCAGUCGUCAACCAGAAGUCGAAGCCAAAGAAAGAGAACGAGAAGGUACGCUGCACCUGCAGCUAUUGUGUAGAGAAGUAUGGUCCCAACGGCAAUAUGAUUGCCGAGAAGACGUGGAAGGAGCACAAACGUGCCGACACGACCGCGAAAGAAGGGACGGUGCAGGAUCCCAAGUGCGAAAAAUGCCAGAAGCAAGAAUACGUAUGUAUUCGGAAGGAAACUGGCCCCUGUCAAGUCUGCAUGCGUAUGUCAGACGUGUGUUCCUUCACUGGCCAGUCUAGGAGAAAGAGGGUGCUAGAUAGGCAGGUAAAGGUGAAGAAGAUGGCCAACACUGUCACUGAUCCUCCUGAUGAUCCAGCUACUCAUCAGGCGGGACAGAAGCGAGGGCCAGAGUCGUCUUUCCUAGACGUGAAAGAUGACAGUCAAGUUCCUGACCUUCCUGUGGAUUUCAGGCAGCAGGCAGAGCCGUCCAUCUUCAAGAACAAGGUUGAGGAUAUCGGCGAGAGCGGCAGCCAUGCGAGUGGGAGCUCGGGGUUGGGCUUGAGAAGCCGCACCCUAAGUAUCUCGCCUCCUCCUGUCGUUCGGAAGAGGUCGGACGAAGUCGAGGAAAAUGCGGGCGAGGACUUUGGCCCGCGGACGAAAAGACGCCGUAUUGCCGACCAGACCGAUUGA